AGAUACACCUAUGAAAGAUAUUAUACAUAUUUAAUAAAAUAUAUUUUACGUAUACCUUUGGAAGGUAUACCUAUAUGACGUAUACCUAUAUAUGAGGUACACCUAUGAAAGAUAUUAUACAUAUACAAUAAAAGAUAUCUUACGUAUACCUUUGAAAGGCAUACCUAUAUGACCUAUACCUAUAUAUGAGGUACACCUAUGAAAGAUAUUAUACAUAUGUAAUAAAAUAUAUUUUACGUAUACCUUUGGAAGGUAUACCUAUAUGACGUAUACCUAUAUAUGAGGUACACCUAUGAAAGAUAUUAUACAUAUAUAAUAAAAUAUAUUUUACUACAAAAGAUAUUAUACCUUUAAUAGUAUAGAAUAUUCAGUAAUCUUAUUACUUCACCAAAAGAGCCCGCAACGCAUUCUAGGUUGCAUAUGUGGGCCAACCCUCGCAUCGCCAACUCAUCAAUGCUCACCCAUUAUUAUUAACGCAAUCGUUCGAAGAGAUUAAUAUUUAAUAUCUGACCGAAUUAGCAAAGGAGACCCGUCGUUCUCGACGAAGAGGCACGCGCUCGUUGCUGAGAUCCUGCGUGUUAGGCACGCCGUAGCAACUAUAUUGAUCUACCUGUCCGAGGGCUAUAUUGGUCCGCGUGUUCGGUGCAGUACCUUCCAGUCCACCAACGCGGGAUCAACGUUUCAUCCUGCUGUUUAUCGCGCGAUCACGUUUCCUUCUUCAAAACAUUAUCGCACUUUGUACCUGUUUCGUUGUUGAACAAUUCGAGUCUGUUAGGCGUCCAUUAUUGCUCUAUGUGAACGCGUCGUGCGUUGAUACAUCUGAUUUUUUUAUUUUCUCGAUGUUGUCAAACAUGAGAUUUUGGUGAUCAGGUAUGGUUAGUGAAGCUUGUUUUAGGUUUAGGAUGAAUGUUAUAUGAUGGGUAGAUUUUUAUUUGGGUGAUGUUGGAUUUCAAGUGAUGACCACUUGGUGGGCUCCAUGUUAAAUUGGCACCUCGACGUUGCUAUCAAACACAUGAUUUCAGUGACUAGGUGUAACUAUAAGUCACAAAUUAUGACUCAGUGAAGCUUGUUUUAGGUAUAAGGUAAACUGUUACGUUCCUUAAUAGGUAGAUUUGGAUGCUAGUUUUGCGUGCUAGUUAAAUUUCGAGUGACAACCACUUGGUGUGCUCCAUGUUCACCUGGCACCUCGACGUUGUUAUCAAACACAAGAUUUCAGUGACUAAGUAUAGUUACAAGUUAUCUGUGAAGCUUGUUUCAGGUUCAGAAUGAAUUACAUUCUCUGAUAGGUACAUAGGUAAAUUUUUUAUUUGGAUGCUGGAUGUUGAGCUUCAUGAGUGACAACCACUUGGUGUGCUCCAUGUUCACUUGGCACCUCGACGUUGUUAUCAAACACAAGAUUUCAGUGACCAGGUAUAGUUACAAGUUAUCUGUGAAGCUUGUUUCAGGUUCAGAAUGAAUUACAUUCUCUGAUAGGUACAUAGGUAAAUUUUUUAUUUGGAUGCUGGGUGUUGAGCUUCAUGAGUGACAAUCACUUGGUGUGUUCCAUGUUCAUUUUGCACCUCGACGUUGUUAUCAAAUACAAGAUUUCAGUGACCAGGUAUAAUUGCAACUUACCAGUGAAGCUUGUUCAAGUCUUACUAUAAAUUAUUACGUUUUUUGAUAGAUAAAUUGGAUGCUAGAUAUUGAAUUUCAUGAGUGACAGCCACUUGAUGUGCUCCAUGUUUACUUUGCACCUUGACGUUGUUAAACACAAUAUUUCAGUGACCAGAUAUAGUUGCAAUAGUUCCAGUGAAACUAGUUUCAGUCUCAAAAUGAAUUAUAUUCUUUGAUAAGUAAAUUUGGAUGCUCCAUAUUAAAUUUCAUUUAGAGUGCUUCGCGUUAAGUUUGGACAUACAAAUUAGUACGCAGGACAAGAUCUUUGUGGCUAGUUAUAUUAAGACAUUAAAAGCACAAGACUACAAUGUUUGAACUAUUGCCUUGUUUCGAGUAAUAUAUCGAUACAUCAGUUUUUCUCAAUAUUAACUAUGUGUUUCAGUUUUUGAUACAUAUAUUGAAAUUAUUUUGUGGCACCAUAUUUUAAUUGUCAGUUAAAAUGAAGCCUUCAAAGAAUGUACCAGAGUUCAUAUCUUUAAGGUUUAGCUUCAACACUCUCGUUGAUUCGAAUGGUUUUAACAGUAGAUACAUCAGGUUUUUUGAAUGACAAUCACUGUAUGUACUUUAUGUUUGAUUUGUACGUUGAAUCUUUUAUGAAGAGCAAGAUUUUAAUAGUCAGUUAAUUCAAGAAACAUAUGAAAGUCUUCAGAAUUCAGGUUCAGACUCAGUUGUGUUGUUUGAGAUUCUACCAAUGAUUCAUACAUCAAAUUUCCUAAAUGUGUCUCACUAUGUUCCUCCUAUUUGAUAUGUACAUUGUUGCAAAGGACUUUAAUGGCCACUCAAACUGAAACGUUCAAAGAACAAAAUCUACAACACUCAACGUUUAGUAUAAACAUUUUCAUUAUAUUAGGAACACAUCUGUUCUCUAAACGUCACUUCGCUUCAUGUUUAAUUCACAAAUUAAAUUCAUUAUAAAAGUCAAGAUUUUAGUGCUGAGUGAAGUUGAAACGUUCAAGAAACAAUACAGAAUUAUAAUGAAGUGAAACUUGUUUGGGAUUCAGGACAACCUGUCGUGUUGUUUGAUACGGUUCUAACGGUAGACAGAUUGACACAAGUUUUCUGAAUGACGUUCUCUGUGACUCAUGUUUGACCUCUCCGUUAAAAUUAUGGCGAACCAGAUUUUAGCGGUCACUUAAAUCACAGAAGCUUCUGAAAGUUAUAAUCGAAUGGAACUUGUUUAGAAGCUUGUAACGGUAAAUGAGUUACAUCGGGUUUUCUAAAUGACAACCACUUCGCUUUGACCUAUUAAACAACAAACAUCGACCUAUUACAUCGUGAAAUUGUUAUGAGAAACAGGAGCUGUUGACGGACAUUUAGUGUCGUUCAGUGAAUGUCAGAAGUCUGAUGUGUUCAGAACAAUUCUGAGUGUAUGAAGAUUUUGCGUAUCAACGCAGUUUCGUGCAGGUACGUUCACUCCUCGACUUCCCGCCAUUUUCUGAAGCGUCGAUUUGUUUACAUUGUGUCCCUCUUCCGUCAGUUACAAAAAUUAGAAAAAUUAGUAAAAUUUAUUCUCAAAUAUAAUUAUGAUCUCUUAGGUUUUUAAAAAGGAUCAAGGUUCACGAUAAAAGAUCUCGUAGUUGAAAGAAAUGUAAUUUUCUGAAGGAGUAGAAAUUGAAGAUUUCUUGAAGAAUAGAAAUUGAAGAUUUCUUGAAGAAAUUUCGUUGUUUCUCAUUCUAGAGACGUUACGAGGUUAAUAUGUUAAGUGUGCUGUUUUUAUGCAGGAGGAUGGUUAAGAAUCUGGGAAACGUGACGUUUCGAUGAGAAAAUGCCACGAUGCUGCGGCGCGUCUUUGGUUUCCGUCAUGGACGGCGACGGGUCUCCGCAGAGUCUCGGUUUGCAGAUUCAGGACGGCAAUCCUCGAAAUAAAACGGCGUUAGCACCUGGCCACAGUCUGAUGGACUGGAUUCGAUUAGGUAAUUCAGGCGUCGACUUAACUGGCGUCGGUGGAGUACCACGAGUUGUUACUUUGACCGAACUGGCCAAUCACAAUAAACAAAACGAUGCUUGGAUCGCCAUUCGAGGAGUAGUAUUCAACGUAACCCGUUAUAUGGACUUCCACCCAGGCGGUAUCAGCGAGCUAAUGCGAGGCGUUGGUAAAGAUGCAACAAAACUUUUCGAAAACGUGCACGCUUGGGUCAACUAUCAGAGCAUCCUUCAGAAAUGUGUGGUUGGAAGAUUGAGUCGUGGUACUGGGAACAAUAACAAUAGCAGUUCAUCCUCAUCGACGGAGAACGUUGUCUCGAACACGACCAAUUGUUCCUUAACGAAGUUGGACCUGAUAAAAAGUUGCAUGACCAGCAUUGUUAAUCAGGAAAACGUGCCAGAGGAUAGCUUGUUAAAUGUGAAGAUGGAUUGGAGACAGACAUCCAAUUCAAUCACACUUUUCUAUCAAACGGUACGUGACUACCCGGGCGUGUGUUAUCAGCUACGAAGGAUAAGCGACUCGAAAUUGGUUUUUAAAUUGUUUUUCGAGCGGGACAUUAUUACGCACGAACUCGAUUUGGCGGCGGAUAUAGAAUGGCCGCCGGUAUGCAAGAGGAAUUUCGACACAAUGGAGGUGGAUUUCACGUUCACGAAGAAGAAGAAAGAGAUAUGGAAAUCCCUGGGCAGCCACACCAUAUCCAGAGAGACGAAUACUAGUAGUCGAACGUACAGAGAGUAUGAAGUGGUGGUGAACAUGCCUCUCUCUAAGUUGGUACAUCUACUAGUUGUGCGAGCUAAAGAUUAUCUGGAAUUAGUACCCAUUGGCAGACACGUGGAAGCCAAAAUGAAUGUGAUGGGGAUGGAAGUAUCGCGAUCGUACACGCCUGUCCCACCGUGCCUUCAUCCCGACGACAUGGCGCCGAGCUACAGAUCCGACUGCUUGUGUCUGAUGAUUAAGAAAUAUCCGAACGGCGCGCUUAGUCCGUCCAUAACCGCCCUUCAAAUCGGUCAGACCUUGAUGCUGAGCAAUGCUUUAGGUGCCUUUGUAGUAGAAUCCUUUGAUCGUUACUCGGUCAUUCAUAUGCUUGCCGGUGGCACUGGCUUGACGGCGAUGCUUGGCAUCGUUCAGCGGGCCUUGGCCAGACGCUCUGUGAAGACCAUAAACCUCCUGAACUUCAACAAGGAUGAAGAUAAUAUGUUCUACGUGGCGCAGUUGGAAAAAGCUAGCGCAGAGAAAAAAUUGAAAGUCACACAUAUCCUUUCGCAAGCUGGUAGCACGUGGUCGGGAAAGCGUGGAGCGAUAUCAGAUGACUUAUUGAAGGAGUUGGUUGCUGAGGAUUCUCCCGAUGCGUGUGUUUUCACAUGUGGGCCUCCAGGAUUCAUUCAAUCCGCGAAAAACUCGGCUGGAAACCGUAUCAAAUGUACGAUUUCGACGAUUAAUCCAGUGCAAAUGUGUCUCCAUUUUUUUAUACCAAAUUCCAGAACAUCAGUGAAAUCAUGGAAAAGUGAAAGAAGGAAUUACGUGUGGUUCUAUCGAAUUUUUAAUCAUCCUUUUGGAUACUUUUACUCCUAUUUCCGCCCACAGUCAACGUCGCGGCACGAAAAUCCUUUUAUUCGUUACAUUCGUACAUGAAAUGGAUGGUGAAACACAAUUUUUUUAAUUUUGAACAGAGGAUAUUUUACUAACGAAAAGUCUUGUAAAUACUUAUCGGAAUUAAAUUCUCGUAUUCAAGGUAUUUUGUAACAUUUUUAAUUCGACAAAAUUACAAUUUUAUCUGAGCUUUUCAAGUUCCUUUAAACACGAUAUUGGAGAAACCUGUGUACAUUCCUACACGACGACUGUUUCGAGAGCUACUUACUAUCGAUAGACAUUACGCACUUUGUAUUAUAUCUGCGAGUUUCGAAGAAACAAAAACGAGUAAGACAGCGGUGCAUUGGCGAGUGUCAUAGCGUUGUUAAACAAUUUUUUCUCAGGCACGUUGUUACAGUGACGAGUGAGAGUUUAAAACAAUUUUAUAAUUUCCAGAUGACCAAAUUAACAAAUUCAUCUUAUUAAAGAUUAAAAGUAACUAUUUUAGAACAAGUAGUUACUACUCGCCAAUGUAUUCGCGGUCACAGGGUCUUAAAUGGAAAGUUUAAAAGCCAAUCUGGCUUUUAUUGCGAGAACAAAUUAUUUUUACAAAUAUCGUCUUUUAGCAUUCGGAGAGCUGUGUAUUUUUCACGAUUUAUCAGAGAAUAUUUCAUCUAGAUUUAACAAAAUCCUUCAUAUAAAUUAAACCUUCAUUCAAUAUUGUAUAACAAAAACUUUAAUUGUAAUUCAUCCAAUGAUUUUUCAACACCAAGUAGAAUGUUCCUGGAAAAUUUUUAGAAACGAUAGUAACAGCAAUGUGGCCUAAUUAGAAAACCGUUUUAAAGUCAACUGGAUCAUCCACUCAUCAACUUUUGUAGAGGUUUUUGAAUUCUCGACGUGCAGAUAGAAAACGUUAGUGACCUCUUUAAAUAUUUUUAUCAAUUAAGUAUCAUUCGAUCGAUGAGCUAGCGAUUGAAGGAGGAGAUUCGUUUCGUAUGAACGUAAUUCUCAAGUGCGGACCACUUUCUGCAUUUUGCGUACAUGUUAAAUACGCCUAUGUGUAUGUAUGUAUAUGUGUGUACAUAGUUGUUACCAGAAAUAAAUAUUUGAUGGCCUUAAA